CUGCAGAUAAAUCUUCCCAAACUGCAAUUUUGUCUUCCCAGACCAUAAUUCAUUCUUUCAGCUGGAGAGAGAGGUGGGGGACUUAGUGGUGGUGAACUAUCUUCUGACUCCUCCUCUUCUCCCUUUCUAGCUUUUUUGGCUUGGAUGUUGGGGUAGCAUCCUUGUUUUCAUUCCACUUAAUUCCCUGGAGCAUCUGGUAAUAAGGCUCGCCAUGGCACGAGAGGACGUCGCAUCUCUGCCCACCCUGAAGCUGUUGUUGGUUGGAGACAGCGCAGUGGGGAAAUCCAGCCUUUUGCUGAGAUUCGCCGAAGACCAGUUUGAGCCAUACCUCAGCCCAACGAUUGGUGUUGAUUUUAAAGUGAAGAAGAUGGUGGUUGGGGAUCUUCCCCUUCAGCUAGCAAUAUGGGACACAGCAGGGCAGGAGCGAUUUCGAACAUUGACUCCAAGCUAUUAUCGAGGUGCUCAAGGUGUAAUUUUAGUUUAUGAUGUUACCAGGAGAGAGACUUUUCUGGGCCUGGAAAGCUGGCUGCAGGAGCUGGAAAUCUAUACCAAAAAAAAUGUUGUGAAGAUGCUGGUGGGCAACAAAAUUGAUGAGACUGAUCGUGAAGUAGAAAAAAGAGAAGGAUUGCUGUUUGCACAGAAACACUCCAUGCUCUUUGUAGAAGCCAGUGCUAAAAUGAGGGCUGGGGUGCAAAGUGCCUUUGAGGAGGUCGUCAUGAGGAUCCUGCAGACUCCAGAGCUUUGGAACAUCAGACGAGAGGGAAUGAAGUUGGCAGAAAGCAGAGCCUUCAAAGAAGCAGAUGCCUGCAGUUCCUAUUGUUCUGUUGCUUAA